GCCUCCCCUAACUUUUCUUUUUCUCUCUUCAUUUCUUUUUCUUUUUUUACAUUCAAGAAAGAAAAACCGUGACAAACAAAUAGUCUGUUAGAUCCAAUUUGUAAGCUAUUCUGUUGCUGGAUUUCAAGGAAAAUCAAAAUGAGGACUAUAAAUCUAUACGAGAGGUUUUCGCGGAGGUUUCGUGAACGUCCAUAUCUUUCCGUAGCUCUUUUUGUGACUUCCGUCAGUGGAGGUGGUCUUGUGGCUUACUCGGAGGCAAACAAGCCAGAUGAACUACUUGCAGCAGAUAUUAAGAAAAAGAGGGUCGUUGUUCUUGGAACUGGUUGGGCAGGGACAAGUUUUUUGAGAAAUCUUAAGAAUCCCUCUUAUGAUGUCCAAGUGAUAUCACCUAGGAAUUACUUUGCGUUCACCCCCUUACUGCCUAGUGUAACAGUUGGCACUGUUGAAGCUCGCAGUGUUGUGGAACCAAUUCGUAAUAUCGUCAGAAAGAAGAAUGUAAAUGUUGAUUACUUUGAAGCUGAAUGUUUUAAGAUCGAUGCACAAAAUAAGAAAGUUUACUGCCGUUCAACUAAGAAUCAAGAAGAAGAGUUUGUUGUAGAUUAUGAUUACCUGGUUGUUGCAAUGGGAGCCCGCGUCAAUACAUUUAACACUCCUGGUGUGGAAGAAAACUGCCUAUACUUGAAGGAAGUUGAAGAUGCUCAAAAGAUCCGCAGGAAAGUAAUUGAUUGUUUUGAGAAGGCAAACCUACCUAAUAUUAGUGAUGAAGAGAGAAAAAGGAUGCUUCAAUUUGUUGUUGUCGGUGGUGGUCCAACUGGUGUGGAGUUUGCUGCCGAGCUUCAUGAUUUUGUGUCCGAGGAUUUGGUAAAGUUGUACCCAGCUGUUAAAGGUCUUGUCAAAAUAUCACUUCUUGAGGCAACCGACCAUAUUCUGAACAUGUUUGACAAGAGAAUCACCACUUUUGCUGAAGAGAAGUUCCACAGAGAUGGUAUAGAUUUGAAAACAGGAUCAAUGGUGGUUAAGGUAACAGAUAAAGAAAUUUCAACUAAAGAGAGAAAAUCGGGGGAAGUCUCAACUAUACCCUAUGGGAUGGCAGUGUGGUCAACAGGUAUUGCAACUCGUCCAGUGGUGAUGGAUUUCAUGAAACAAAUUGGACAGGUAAACCGUCGAGUGUUAGCCACUGAUGAAUGGCUUCGCGUUGAAGGGACCAACAACAUAUAUGCACUAGGUGAUUGUGCUACAAUAAAUCAGCGCAAAGUCAUGGAGGAUAUUUCAGCUAUAUUCAAAAAGGCUGACCAGGACAACUCUGGAACACUAACAGUCAAAGAAUUUCAAGGAGCAUUGAAUGACAUAUGUGAUAGGUAUCCUCAAGUGAGUCUUUAUCUGAAGAACAAGAACAUGAGCGGUAUUGUUGAUUUACUCAAGGAAUCCAAGGGUGAUGCUGCAAAAGAAUCAGCUGCACUCAGUAUUGAGGAAUUUAAAAAAGCUCUAUCUCAAGUAGAUUCCCAAAUGAAGAAUCUUCCAGCAACUGCUCAGGUUGCAGCUCAGCAGGGUUCUUACCUAGCUGAUUGCUUUAACCGAAUGGAUGAAUGUGAGAAAAAACCAGAAGGUCCUAUACGUUUCAGGGAAUCUGGACGACACAGGUUCCGACCUUUCAGAUACAAGCAUCUUGGUCAAUUUGCUCCUUUAGGAGGGGAGCAAACAGCAGCACAACUCCCUGGGGACUGGGUUUCUAUUGGCCACAGCAGCCAGUGGCUAUGGUAUUCCGUCUAUGCAAGCAAGCAAGUAAGUUGGCGCACAAGGUCACUGGUGGUGUCGGAUUGGAUUAGGCGUUUCAUCUUUGGCAGGGACUCUAGCCAAAUAUGAUUUAUGUUACCGCAAAUGCAAAUGAAAAAGAGGUGGCAGUUUUUCUUGAUAUUAGCCGUUUAGCCUAUGGCAAUUUUGUUUACCAAUUGAGAUUCAAUAUUCACUCACAAACGCAGAGUUAUCUUGUUAUAACUAUGAUAAACAGGAAAGUCAGCGUUCCCGGCUUACUAGUUUACUCGAGGAGUUCUAUUUUAAAAGUAUUUUGAUGUAUUGUACCAGUAACUACUUGUGUUAUGCUUCAUUCCCUUGAUUUUGCAUUAUCUAUUUGCAUA